GGAAGUAAACAAAAAAAGCAUUCUCGUUAACGGAUCGCAUGGAAAUAUGGUGCAUCUUUAAUUAAACAACAAUGUCUUCAGUUGAGUGUUUGAGGCAGUUCGUUAACGAGCGAUUGACGGCCGCGGCUCAGGAGAUCUUCUGCGUGUUUGAAAAAACUAUCUCCGAAUACGAAGAAGAGAUCAGCCGUCAGCGCAGGCUGCUCACCAUCGCCUGGAAACCUGAAGUUAAGUUGCACAAAACAGAGCUCCCACAAGAUUUCAUUAACGUGGAGGACAUUCCAACGGAGCUGCAGCUCAAGACAAGACAGGACAGGAAGUCUAUUUUGAAAAAAGAAGGCAGAGAGCAGAUUCCAGAAAGCCAUGAAGAAAUCCUCACCAGUCCCGAGGAAGGAGAAGUUGAGCUGAAAGAGGAAGUUGAAACUCUUUUUCCAAGUAUUACCUGUGAUGAAGGUGACAAUGUUGUCUUGUCAAAUCCUGUGGAUGAGGAGUCCACAGACACAGUAUCUGUUCAAGGAGCAACAGAACGCAAUACUGAUGAUCAGCUUGGCUCUAGAUAUUCUCAAAAUGUGAGCAAAGGCCAGGAUGAAGGAAAUCAUAGCGGUUCUGUAAUAACCAGACGCAUGGAGACAAGACUGCAGAGGAGACAUCACAGAAUCGGUGAACACAUUCCCAUCACGUUCAAGACUCCUAUUUACACUCACAAGGGGAAAAUAUGCGAGUUUGUGUGUGAGUACUGUGGCAAAGUGUUUCCGUAUAGAUCCAAGCUGAUGCGGCACCAGAUUAUCCACACGGGCGUGAAGCCGUACUGUUGCCACACCUGUGGUAAACGAUUCAACCAGACGUCGAUCCUGAAGGUCCACCAGCGGAUCCACACGGGCGAGAGGCCGUUCUCCUGCGACGUCUGCGGGAAGCGCUUCAACCAGAAGUCCAUCCUGAACGUUCAUAAGAAAAUCCACUCAGUCGAGAGGCCGUAUUGCUGCGAUUUCUGUGGCCGAAGGUUCAAGCAGAAAUCAAAACUGGAAUCUCAUAUCAUAUGGCACUCGGACAUACCACAGCCGCUUUUCUUUAAGGAGGAAAACUUUCUCUCUGACCAGCAGCUCUUUGACCAUGACCGUCACUCUGCGUUGGAGUUGGGGUUUCCAAAAGUCAAAGAGGAACAGGAAGACUUCUGCUUGGCCCAGAAGGAGCAGCUUGUGUUGAAGCAGGAGACGGACACGUUCAUGAUCACUGUUCCUCAUGAUGAAGGUCACGAUCACCUUCAUGUGGCCCAAACUCUCAACAGGAACUCGGCAGAGGCAGAGUCGGUGGAGAUCAUAUCGGUUGACAGUGGUGCGAAACAACCGGAGAAGACGCAUCCCAGAAUCUGUAACAUCUACAAUCCUAUCCUGUUCAAAACUUCAUGCAACUCUUUUGUCGAUAGGAAGUGUGAGUAUAAAUGCAAUACGUGUGGGAAAGUGUUUCAGUUUAAGUCCAGACUGAUAAGACACUUCCGCAUCCACACGGGCGUGAGGCCGUUCUGCUGUCACAUCUGCGGCAAGAGGUUCAACCAGAAAUCCAUCCUGCAGGUCCACCAGCGGAUCCACACGGGCGAGAGGCCUUUUUCCUGCGACAUCUGCGGGAAACGCUUCAACCAGAAAUCCAUACUGAACGUUCACAAGAGGAUCCACACGGGCGAGAGGCCGUAUUCCUGCCAAGUGUGCGGCAAGAGGUUCAACCAGAAGUCCAUACUGGACGGCCACGUCAGGACGCACACGGGCGAGAGGCCGUAUUCCUGCAAGACAUGCGGCAAAAGCUUCAAAAGUCAGUCCAGCCUGCUGGUUCACAUGAAGAUGCACAUGGACAAGACGACCUACUCCUGUGAAAUGUGGGAGAGAGUUCAGCCUUAAACACACACACACACACACACACACACAGGUCAGCACGUAUAGCUUUAGCAAACCUGGUGGGAGCAUUUUGAUAUCAAGUAAAUAAGUAAAAAAAAAUAUAUAUAUAUAAAUAGAUAACUUUGCAUGUAGUAGAAAUCCUCCAUGUUGGUAGUAGAGCAGACGUUCGUUGUGAGCAUGCACGUUCAGGGCCUUUGCUGCUUUCUCUCUGAUUGUUUUUGUUUAUAUUUUUGCUUGAUAAUCUGCGUAGGCCUGAAUCUUAAAUUCUUAAAUAUUGCAAAAAGUAUGAUGUUACCACAUUAGCAUUGCUUGCAGUUUUCAAUCUGCUGCAAAGAAAGAAUUGCUGCUUCUGCGAAGUAGAUACAUAAUUGCUACCCUGAUGAUAUAAAAUACUGCUUCUUAGUUCCAACUAACCUAAACGUUGUACGCUUUAGACAGAAAUAGACUGAGAUGUGGUUGCCAUGGUUACUAUUAUGAUAGGUAAGUGAGCUUAUUGUCUUGCUACUUGUGUGUGCAUUUUAUUGUGUGUAAGCUAUAUUUAUACGGUAUACCUAUUUGCAUAUUAUUCUUGUAUGAAAUAAGUAUAUUAAGGGAGGAGGUGGUACAACGUAACAGUGGUGUUAUGUCUGAUUUGGGGCUGGUGUCUAAUCUUAAACUGGUUCUUCAUGUCUUUGACCUUUUAGCGCCUUUUUGGAACUAAUUGAACAGCAGUGAAACAUUCUUAUCUCUCGUUUUGGGUAAGGAGAUCAACUCAAACAGACUGUUUGAAAUUCCCAAAAGAAUCAUAGAUCAUGGGGCUGCACAGUGGCACAGUUGGUAGAGCUGUUGCCUUGCAGCAAGAAGGUUCUGGGUUCGAUUCCCAGCUCUGGUCUUUCUGCGAGGAGCUUUGCAUGCGUGGGUUUUCUCCGGGUACUCCGGUUUCCUCCCACAGUCCAAAAACAUGACUGUUAAGUUAAUCGG